AUGUCGAAACCUUCGGACACUGUCUUUCAUGAGGAGGACCAGCGCAUCAUUGAGAGCAUAUCGACCUAUCGGAACGACCAGCGCGACAAGGACGAAAUCCUCACCAUCGUCGAGAAACAUGGUUGGGCACUGCGCUACGCCCCGCCUCUCUUCAAGUACUCUGAGGAGAUAUGUGUUGCUGCGGUUAAAUCCUAUCCGCUGGUCCUUGAGUUCAUCUCCCCCGAAAUGCGCGAGAAUGAGAAGGUGGUCAAGCAGGCUGUCACACUGUGCGGUAUGGCCCUCCUUUUCGCAACUGCGAAAAUGCGAAAUCGAAAAGAUGUUGUCAUGAAGGCCGUGCAAAACUGUGGCCUGGCCUUGGAGUUCGCCCACCCGGACCAGAAGAAGCAGCCAGCGGUGGUUUUCACUGCCAUGCAACAGGACGCAAGAGCACUGCAGUGUGCUGACGAUGAGCUGAAGAGGGACAGGAAGUUCCUCCUGAAGGCCUUGGUGAACCGACCCCAGGCCCUGGACUUCGUCCACCCGUCCCUGCGAUUUGAUCCGGAGCUGGUGAAGAUCGCCCUGGGACAAGAGUAUCACCCGCCAAAGUCGCCCCCAUCUCCAAAGGAGAGGGCGCAGAGCCCCCUCCCAGCCCCGAAGCCGAAGCCCAAGAGCCGGCGGUCCCGGCGCGCGCUGUCCAUGGAGCGCCUUGAGAGGCAGAAGAAGCGGGAAGCAGAGAUUGUCAGCAAAGC